GGCGCCGUCAAUCAUACAAGCCAUAUAAAAGCCAGCCCGGCCAGCACACGAGUUCUUCAGACGGUUGACGGUCUUCUGGCACGCUUAAAAUGGCAGUAUCGUCGAAAGCGAAGGCCAGGCUGCACAAGGGGUCGGAGCAGAAGCGGAAUCAGCUCAUGAAAUGGGUUCUGCGGUUCGCCGCUCUCUUCGCCUUCAUCGCGACGUGUAGCUGGCUCGAUACCAUUAAGGGCCGGUGGUAUGUCUUCGACCCCACCAGCCUCCACCAGUUAGCGCAAGAGGCGGUAGCGGUCAGCGGCGACGACAUGCGGGGGAUGAUCGACCAUAUCGUUAAGAACCUGACAGCGACCUACCCGGACUCCCGAAUCAAGCUGAACACCGACUCAUCCGAAUGGAUGUUCAACAACGCGGGAGGUGCCAUGGGCGCCAUGUACAUCAUCCAUUCCAGCAUCACCGAGUACCUCAUCAUUUUUGGCACGCCAUUAGGCACGGAGGGGCACACCGGCAUCCAUACAGCCGAUGACUAUUUCAACAUCCUUUACGGCGAGCAGUGGGCGUUCCUCCCCGGUUCCCUCGAGAAGGAGGUGUACCCUCCAGGCUCGGUGCAUUUCCUUCCAAGAGGGACUGUCAAGCAGUAUAAGAUGCACGAGGGGUGCUUUGCCCUCGAAUACGCCCGAGGGUGGAUUCCCCUCAUGCUGCCGUUCGGGUUCAUGGACACGCUGACAUCCACUUUGGACUUCCCUACGUUCUAUCGUACAGCCAGGAUCACCGCGCGAGAGAUGUUGGGCAAUCUACUAAUAGGCAAGAUAUAAAAGUAGCUGUGACUACGAUAUACCGUAAUGUUAUUUUAUGCCUUCUGGAGCUGUACACGGGGUUACUAUCGUUGAGAAGGUAUUGAUUUUUGAAUCCGCUCUUCGGACCCAAGCCAGCCUUGAGCACCAAAGCGACAGCUAAUCCUAUCAGGCGUAAAACGGUC